UAUGAAGCAUUUUCGCGGAAUAUAUAAAUUCAUUGUUUGACUGAAAACUGAGUUGAACGAACGGUCGAUUUAAAAAAGAAAAAAGUCUUAACAUAUUUACAAGUUUUAUUAAUUUUAGAAGAAUUAUUUUAUAUUUGAAGAAAAUGACGUCCGUUCAGUCACCAAGAAAAAUACAGGAACUAAAUUCAAGAAUGAAACAAACAAAAAUAAACGACGAAAAUGAGGUUCCAGUAAAUCAUUCAAUCAGAAAAGUCAAAGUACUUGGAGACAGUCAAAAACAGAAUAUAAUCAAUGUUCAACAAAAUGAGGUUAUAAAGCCUACAAAGCCAUUGAUCAUGAAGAAAACUGAGGAAGAAGAGCCAUUGUUGAAGGAUAAUCCAAGACGAUUUGUUGUCUUCCCCAUUGAGUAUCAUGACAUUUGGAAAAUGUACAAGAAAGCAGAAGCCUCCUUCUGGACAGCUGAAGAAGUUGAUUUAUCUAAAGAUCUGAUUCACUGGGAAAGUCUGAAAGAUGAGGAGAAACAUUUUAUUUCACAUAUCCUGGCUUUCUUUGCAGCUAGUGAUGGCAUUGUGAAUGAAAACUUGGUGGAACGAUUCAGUAAGGAAGUUCAAGCUACAGAAGCAAGGUGUUUCUAUGGUUUCCAGAUAGCAAUGGAGAACAUUCAUUCUGAAAUGUACAGCUUGUUAAUUGAUACAUACAUAAAGGAUCCAAAAGAGAGGGAUUACCUAUUCAAUGCCAUAGAGACACUACCAUGUGUGAAAAAGAAGGCAGACUGGGCCAUAAAAUGGAUAAAUGAACAAAAUGCAUCAUAUGCAGAAAGAGUUGUUGCCUUUGCAGCUGUUGAAGGGAUAUUUUUCUCUGGUAGUUUUGCAGCAAUAUUCUGGUUGAAAAAGAGAGGAAUUAUGCCUGGUCUCACAUUUAGCAAUGAGCUCAUCAGCAGAGAUGAGGGACUUCACUGUGAUUUUGCCUGCCUCAUGUACAAUCAUCUGGUAAACAAACUGCCACAGUCUAGAAUUUACGAGAUAAUUAAGGAUGCUGUACAGAUAGAACAGGAAUUCCUCACAGAAGCCUUGCCAUGUAACCUCAUUGGAAUGAAUUGUAAUCUGAUGAAACAGUAUAUUGAAUUUGUAGCUGAUCGACUUCUUCUUGAACUGCAUUGUGAAAAGAUAUAUAAUGUAGAAAAUCCAUUUGACUUUAUGGAACAGAUUUCACUUGAAGGAAAAACAAACUUUUUUGAAAAGAGAGUAGGAGAAUAUCAAAAGAUGGGUGUCAUGUCGGGAGGAGGCGAUACUCAUUCGUUUACAUUGGAUGCAGAUUUUUAAAUGCUUUCAUUAGAUCUCAUAUUGUUGUUCAAAUCUUUUAUCAGGUCUCCAUUUAAAGUGAUUUUAGAAAGUGACAAGAUGAAAAAUACUCUUAUCCAAAUGAUGUUUUUUUUUAUAUAUAAUAUUUAGCAAAACAUGAUUUAUCAAAGUUCAGUUUAUAUUUAAACUUUUGUAUCUUUUAAACAUUUUGUUUCAUUAUUUUUUUUAAUUUUAAAAUCAAGUUCAUGCCAUUUUAUUUUUUUGUUCUGAUUUUAAACAUUUUAAUUUGAUAAAGAGAUUUAAAACAUGCCUCCAAGUUUUAAAGUGCAAUCAUUUUAGGUAGUGCAAAACAUCAAAUAAUUUAAGGUUUUAGUAUGAAUGUAGUGAUCGAUAGAUACAAAUAUGAAUGUGUAUGUGUGCCAUAUUGUCUUUUAUAAAUAUUGUUUUAUUUAAUUUUGUAAUAAAUUAUUAUGUAUUAAA